GUUGUACGUCAUAAUGUCAUGUGGCAAUAGACGUGUACAUAGUAAAAGUAUUAAAAGUAAUAAUUAAACAGAUUGGUUAUUUUCAAGUAAUUAUGCCUGACAUAUACUAAAAUUUAUUACACGAGUAAUACUUAAAAUUCGGUUUAUUUUUUUAUAUAUUUAGAAUAUGAUAAUUCGUUUAAAAAUUAUUUUGUAAUGGUAAUUUAAUAAUGCAAUGCUCCCUAGACGUCGACGAACUGGCUCAGAAAAUGAGCCUCAAAUUUUAAUAGGAAACGAUAAUUAUUGGUCUAAUAGUAAGCCUAAAACAAUAAAUCAAAUAAACUCUGUGUAUCCGAACAAUGUUACUACUGAAUAUUAUUUAGACGAGGAUUAUAUUGAAGAUUAUACAGAACCAGAAUUAGUCAUGACCGCGAAAGAUAGAACUACUGAAUUUGUGAACACUAUACAGACUUUACAAGGAAGAAAUAUCGCUAGGGCGGUGGCUGCGAGGGAUCCCAAAAAAUCGUGGGCUAUACAAAGUCAUUCCGAAUUUAUGUUAAUCGCUAAAAAUGUUGGUAAAAAUAUCGCUAGCACCUAUACGAAACUUGAAAAGUUAACUUUACUGGCGAAAAGAAAAUCGUUAUUUGACGAUAGAACGGCCGAGAUCCAAGAACUUACUUACAUAAUAAAAAGUGAUCUCAGUAAUUUAAACCAGCAAAUAGCCCAAUUGCAAGAUGUAUCUAAGAAACAGAGGCAAGGAUCUGGUGGUAAACAUCUACAAUCCCAUUCUAGUAGUGUCGUACUAGCGUUACAAUCGAAACUAGCUAGUAUGUCGACAGAUUUUAAACAAGUCUUGGAAAUUAGAACUGAAAAUUUGAGACAUCAAAAGAACCGAAGGGACCAGUUUUCUCAGGGAGGUUUACCGCCACCUAACAUAGCCCAACCUGCACAGGGGAGUUUGUUGUUACAAGACGAAGAUCGAGUUACUAUCGAUUUAGAAAAUACAGCUUUACUCCCUAGAGGACAGACGCAAAUGCAAGCGGCUCUUAUGUACGAUCAAACGGAUAAUUAUCUACAAAGUCGAGCAGAAACAAUGCAAAAUAUUGAAUCGACAAUAGUGGAAUUAGGAGGGAUAUUUCAACAAUUGGCACAUAUGGUGAAAGAACAAGACGAAAUGGUGGAAAGAAUAGAUACCAAUAUAGAACACGCAGAAAUGAAUAUAGAAGCAGCUCAUGGACAGAUAGUUAAAUAUUUCAAAAGCAUUUCAUCCAACAGGUGGUUGAUGAUCAAAAUAUUUGGAGUUUUGAUUCUAUUCUUUAUCGUAUUUGUUGUAUUUUUGGCAUAAAUUGUUUUAUUGUAAGUUUUGUAUAAAGUAUAUUAUCAAUUAUAUAUUUUAAACAAUC